AUGGCGAGGAGAGGAAAGGCAGCCCGAGCUGCUUUCCUUGCUUUGCUUGCGCUGCUGGCACUUUCUGCCGCGCCAGCACACCCACAAACCCUCAACACAAGACCGUGCCGAAACGAUGGCGGGUCUGACAUCUGCCGCUGCUCAGACACGAUUGUGAACUGCGAUUUCACAUCUUACACGCGUAUUCCGUUUGGCCUUCCCGAGGACGUGACAUCCUUGUCCAUGUACUCGUCCCAGGUCAAGGCCGUCAGUUACUCGUCGUUCACCACGCCGUUCAUCCUCGAUGAGAUUGUCACGCUCAACCUCCGUGGCAAUGUCAUCACGUCCAUCACCAGCUCGGGCCUGUCAGUGCUCACGCGGCUGCAGACGCUCAACCUCGCCGACAACUCCCUCGCAGACCUCCCCAACGAGGCGUUUGCAAGUCAAACGCAGCUGCGCGUCCUCAACCUUGCCGACAACAACCUGCUCAGCCUGCGCGCGGACGUGUUCAGCACGCUCACUUCCCUUGAAGAGCUCUAUCUCCAAGGCAACCGCCUCACCUCCCUGCCCCGAAACGUGUUCUCAAGCCUGGAGAACCUCCGCAUUCUCCGCCUGGACGGCAACUCGCUGACCACCAUCGACGACGGCGUGUUUGACGCGCUCACCCAACUUGAGCAGCUCCAUCUUGCCGUGAACAGCAUUCACACGAUCAACCCAGGCACCUUUGACAACCUCGCUUCCCUCAGCAAGCUGUACAUGCUCGGCAACCCGUCCUCGUGCGAGAUCACGGGCGGAAAUGUCGAGUGUCUCUGCAACUUUGGAUACGGCAGCGACGACGGCACAUACUGCACGCCGAAAGACUGCGGACCAACCAUUCCCGACCUGAAUCCGCUGGCGACGGCAGAUUGCAGCGCUUCCACCAUCUACGGCGGGCAGCCGUGA